UAUGAUCUUCCUUGGCUUCUUGAGUCGUCCACAACAAAAAAUCUUGUUCUACAGCGCCAUGAAAGCCCCAGUGUAGCAUAAUUGUAAUAUCGGGAACUGCGCCCGGUCCUCGGUAAUUGACUUGUUUCAGCAUUGAAACAUAGCUUCGGGGUUCCCGAAGCGCCCGAACUUAGGUGACCUUCACCGAAUCUAAUACUCAUUUAGCUGUGAACGCCGAAAGGAGUGGGAAGUCAGGGUUAAGUAUAGCCAACGACCCGCAUGGUGCUCGAUGUUCUACAUAACAUUCGAUCCUCGAGAAAGAAAAUGACCCUUACGAACUUUGCUACUCACAAUACGCGUUUAAAUCCCAACCGGUCGCCGCGUGAAUUUGUAAAGCAAACCAGAAAUGGUGGCGUGAGUCUUCGGCUCGCAGGCCAAGAUGACCAACUCACGCUUCCUGUCUAUGGUUAUGGCGCGUCUGUGGAGGGCACCCUCGACGUCCACAAGCGAGAUGGUAUCACGAGUGUUGAAGUUCAAAUCGAAGGCACUCUCAUGAUGGAAGAACUGGCCGAAGGAGGGGCGAUGACCUGCAAACUGUUGCUUAACAAGACGAUUCUGUGGGUCAGGGACAGAAUUUACGAAGCGCCAUGCCCGCGUUCACUCCCAUUCAAUCUCCCUCUUCCAACCACUUUUUCAGAUGGCGGAAAAACCUAUUCCCUCCCGCCAAGCCACGAGUCCCACCUAUCCGGCCUGCCUGGAUUUCGCGCGAGGGUAAAGUAUAGUAUCAGCGCUAUUGCUGUGAAACCAAACAUCAUACCACAUGCAGUCAAGUCGUCCUUGUUGGGGGGCGGAGAUUGGACGAUUUCGACUCCGUUUGAGUACCUUCCUCGAACUCGUCCAUCUUCCCCAUUACCAUCACCUCUGGUGCCUGGUCAGUGGGGAAUAAUCGAGACUUCGCAAUGGAAGGUUUUUCCGACUUUGAUUCACGCAAAUCAGGGAGGACACGACAUUAUGGUAAAGUUUUAUCUCCCAACCAGUCGAACAUUCUGCAUGCACGAGCCCAUUCCUUUCCACGUUAUGUUUUCGUCUUCAGCAAUGUCUCUUGCUGCGUUUAUGCCUUUGGGACCGAUGGUAACCACGUCUCUGAAAACACGGCAUACAAAAGUACAGUUGUUGAGGCAGACAACUGUUGAUGUUCGCAACGCUUUGAUACUUGGCACCCGCACCGACAUCUGGAGAGUCGAUUGUAUUGGCGAAGGUGCAUUCAGGCACGCAGGUGACGGUGCACACUGGGUUGCAUUCUCGGGAGAUAUUUAUAUCUGUCCUGACAUCAAAGUCGGAGGCUUCAAAGCGGGCGGUUUUUCCAUCAAGGAUUGUGUAGUCCUAACCAUGACUCCGCCCGAUCUCUCCAAAUCACCUUUCAAGGAACUGCGGCUCACAAUUCCUAUCCGACUUGCAACAGAUCCUUACUCAAGUGGAUUUGGCUCUGGCGGGUCUGAUGGAUUUGGGGCUACUCCAGAACUCACCUACGACUCAUAAUAUCAUGAUUGUGAUUUGCAAUCAAUGUCAUUUACAUGCCUCACCAUAGACUGUUAAUUGACGCUGUCGCUAGCCGAGUGACAUGUCAUUCUUUGCGUCAUACACUCCAUACACACG